CAGCAGGACGGCCAGUGUCGGGGGAAGGUUGGCAGACGGAUGGCUAGCAAGGGACUCAUAUAAUACCCGUGUACGGGGCAGCAUGGCUCACAAAGUAGGACUGAACGGCACACAGUACGAGCCUGACAUUUGUGGUGGAGUGGACUUUUGUUUUUAUGAAGAUGACGAUGUUGAAAGGACUAAAGGCCGUAAAGGUGUUAGUGGAUCAGCAUUAAAUUCUGUGAUCGGUUCUUCCUCUGCGAGUUUUGUGGACUCGCGGUACCGUUGUGUGGAGGACACUUCUUCUAGGCAACAGAGGAGGAGGAGGAGCCCCGUGGAAGGUCAUCAGGGCUCUGAGGAGGUGUCGAGGGACGAGGAUAGUGGUGCAAGUGUCAGUAGUGGUUCUAACACGAAAGGGAAGGUUGGUAGUACGAGUUCUGUAGAGGCACAGGAGCAAGGCGCCAGUGCAGUCAUGGAACACGUAGACCCCAACCCCUACACCUCUGACGAGUGGGAGGAGAGUGACCUCAGUGAUACUGACGGUGACCACAGUGACAGCAGUGACGACGAUGAUCCCAAGUCUCAGGUGGAUAGACUCAUAGAACGGGGGACUCUGGUGUAUAUGGAUGGCGAGAACUCUAACCUCUCCUCGGAAACCGAGAGCAGUGAUAGCAGUGAUUAUGAGGAUAGUGACAGUGAGAGUGAUAUUACGGAUGUUUCACCAUUAAUAUCGGCCACUGCAAGCCCCCUGGGUCUAUCUCCGGUACUGCCAAGACGUACCCUGGGCACCUCUCCACUGGCACUGCACGACAACAGGGAUUUGAGUUUUGAUUAUCAUCAAGAAAACUCUUCCAACGACCAGGGCUACGACUCUCAGCCUCACUGCAAUGGUUACAGUCACAGCAACAGUGAUGAUUCCACAGACAUGACCUUAUUGCUCAAGGCUGUUGUAGAACUGGAGAAGAAGCAGCACAGACAAGUCAAUAAUAGAAGCAAUGACUGCAGUCUACAUCAAAACAAUUACCUCCACCAACCAUCAUCUCCCAUCACCAUUCACCCCAUUGAUGCCAGUCCCCAUCACCGUCAUCUACGCAGAACAAUGCACCAUUAUCGCAGGAAGAAUAUGUCAUUCACUAAUGAUGAAGUUCGGAGGAUAGACAGAGAAAAUCAAAUAUUGUUGCAGAAGAUUAUGAGUGCCCACAGCCGUAGCAAACACCAAAGUUCCUCUAACAAUAGUCGGCCCGUCCACAAACUUGCUAAUUCUUCAGUGAACAGAAGGAGAGAAGAUGAUAAGAUCCGUAGAGAAAACAUGAUCUUGUUGCGAAAGAUUCAAGAGGCCAAGCCUUCUCGGGAUGUAACUGCAUCUCGCUCGCCCCGUCAGAGGACAUCACAUGGCCUCCGUCCAACAUCUAGCCUUCCUACCACAACUGGGUCUUGUGGUGCCUCAGCCCGUACAGCACCAGGUCAUGUCUCCACACCCACUCCUCGCAAAGAGACAGCUCUGUGAGGUUGUUGGUAAUUGAAGAGGGUUUACUUGUGUGUGGCACACAGAUUGUGCUUUACCAACCUUUGCUCUCUGACACUGGGUUUUAAUUGCCUAUCAUCCUGAAUAUUGAUCAUCCCUUGCAUUGCUGAUUUCAGCUUAUGUGGAUGCACACAGCUGUCUUGAUCCAGUCUUUUUACUUGAAAGUGUCCAAUUCAUACUACUAUGGGUACCAUGAAGGUGUCCAGUCACAUUAAUUUCCAUGCUCUUAAGGUUGUUAGAAAUACUUUCUUGUGAGGGCAUUGGAACUAUACCCUUUAGACAUACAACUGUACUUUUGUUUUCAGUGUUGGCACUAAUGUUUAUAAAGAGGAAUAAUUGCACAGAUUGUGCUGUUGCUCCCUGUUCAUAAAAAAAAAUUUCUUACCAAGAUAAUCAAACAAUGGUAGGUCAGAAAUGUUUCCUAUUCAGAAAUGUUGUAAUGUUUAGAUGUGUGAUUUGAUAUUGAAAGUUACUUUACAAAGAUUACACCAUCUGAGAAAUUGCUAGAUCAUGUGUGUAUAUAUAUAUAUUAUAUAUAUAAUAUAUAUAUAUUAUAUAUAUAUUAUAUAUAUAUAUUAUAUAUGACAAAAAUUCCUGCUGUAGAAAUUGUCUAAAAGUGCUAUAAUGGUGUACUUUACAUAUGCAGUUAAUGCAUUAGCCAUUUUUGGUAGGUGAAAUGGUGUGCUGUUGUUAGUGAGUACAUUCAUAAUAUGCUAAUUUAACAUUUAACUUUGUAUUGAAUAAUUUUCUAUAAAGGAUUUUGUUAAUGUGUAACAUCAUAUACAUGUACCUUUGUUAAUUUAUACUUCCUCAUUGGGUAUAUUUGAUGAAGUAACAAUCACUCUUCACACAUUGUUUUUUAGUGCAAGCAAAUGGUGGCUGCUUUCACUUCCUAGCCAGAUAAAAAUGCAAUAUACAGGUACUACAGGAAAUUUUCAAAGCAUUAUUACAUCUUGGGCACAAAGUGUGAAGAUGGCCAGCUGUCAAAGCAUUUGAGGAAAAUUCUGCACGUCACCUAGCUUUUUUGAGUAUGGAAAAGAAAGUGACAUAGAUAGUGCCAGUUAUGUCGCAUGUAUGAUUGAACGCUCAACGUACUCCUCCUUUGCAUACAAGUAUAGAUGGAAUGGCAUGCUUUUUUUUUUUUUUUUUUUUUUUUUUUUUUUUUUUUUUUUUUUUUUUU